GUAAAACCCUUUGUAUAUAGUCUAGGGUCUCCCAAUAAAAAAAAUAAAAGAGGAAACCAGAAAGCUUAUCUUAUAGCUUUCUGGAGCUUGAAUCCUUUCAAGUAGUAAUAAUAUCACAUACCCAAAUUUAGCAGAAGUAUUGUUCUGCCAGAUUUAGCAGUUAUCGUGUUAAAUCUAUUGGAGAAGAAAUGUCGGCCAGAUACAUGAACUUCUCGCCUUCAGCAACACAUUCCCCGCAGCUUGCUGGCAUGCGCUCAUCCUCUGUGGCCCUUGCCGAACAUGAAAAGUAUCUCACUGAGUUGCUAGCUGAACGGCAAAAACUUGGUCCCUUUGUGCAAGUCUUGCCAAUGUGCUAUCGACUUUUGGGACAGGAAAUAGCGCGUGUAACUACGUUGUUGGGGAAUUCAUCGUUUUUAGAUCACAAUGGGCCUGAGCAUGGUAGCCCUUUGACUCAUGGAGGACUACUUACAAAUGGAGGAUUGGACAUGAGUGGAUGGACUGCUUACCAAUCAGAAAGGAUGAGCAUGCUACAGCCUUCUCCUCAUGCAUGGCAUGGAUCAACAGGUGGAGGGUCUACUGGACUUAUUGUGAAGAAAACCAUGAGAGUUGAUGUUCCAGCUGACAAAUAUCCUAAUUUUAACUUUGUGGGACGUCUACUUGGGCCUAGAGGCAACUCAUUGAAGAGAGUUGAACAUAGUACUGAUUGUAGAGUUCUAAUCAGAGGGCGUGGCUCGAUCAAAGAUCCUGCAAGAGAGGAGAUGAUGAGGGACAAACCAGGGUAUGAACAUCUCAAUGAGCAGCUGCAUAUUCUUGUAGAGGCAGAGUUGCCUGCACAUAUCAUAGAUUCUCGCUUGAUUCAAGCACGAGAGAUACUGGAGGAAUUGCUGAAGCCUGUAGAUGAGUCACAAGAUUAUUUUAAGAAGCAGCAAUUAAGGGAGCUGGCCAUUUUGAAUGGGACAUUGAGAGAGGACGGUUCCUCAAUGGCUGGUUCCGUGUCUCCUUUCAACAGUAACAAUAUGGCAAUGAAAAGGGCUAAAACAAGGGGGUAGUCAAACUCAGUGGCUUAUGCUGUGGUCAAACUCAUUGGUUUAUGCUGUGCUUAUUUUUUCAUAACUUUGAGUUGUCAGAAGAACUCCAUUAUUUUGGUGUUAGUUCUCAUGAAAGUGGCACAAUAGUGCAAGUGGCUCGGUAGUAUAGUGUAGUGUAGUGUAGUGUAGUGAGUAUCCUGGUAGUGUUAAUGUGUACGUGAUACAAACAUGUAUUCUGCUGGUAGCGCCUGCUAGGUUGAGGGGGGGUUUUAGGACUGCUUUUUGAGGUGUGGGUUUUGCUUUUUCCUCAUAUAAAGCAAAUGUGUAAUAUUUAUUACUCUUGUAUUAUUACAUCAUAAAGGCAAGAGUGCAACAAUUUUUUGUGAUGGCUGCCGGACAGCUGCAAUCGUUGAAUGUACAAAACGUUGGGAUCACAAUUUUACACAAAGCAGAUGGUGAACUUCUAAUACUAUAAUUAAUGCUAUGCAUUCUGAUUA